AUGGCUCAAGCAACAAGUCCGUCCAUGCCCUUAAACGAUGGGCAGCAGAGUGGCCAUCGCAGUCCAUCGAAUUUGAAAUCUGACACCGCCGUUCCUAUAGAUCCCUCAAUCGCGGCAUCAAGCCCCUCAUACCCUCCUCCGUACUCCCCGUAUACUCCCCAGGGCCACGAUAUGGCUCAGUAUCAGGGACACCCCCCUCCACAGAUGUAUGGUCGACCAGAUUGGCCGCCACAUCAGUAUGGACAGCAUCCGCAUGGGAUGCCAGGGGCUUAUAGUUCCCCUGGAACAACGGUGGGUUCUGCGUCUCCAGCUGCGACCGCAGGGCCUCGUCCAGGACAGGUAUAUUCCUUCGUCCCAAUCCCCGGUGCCCAGCAGCACAAGCGCCCCCGCCGUCGAUACGAAGAGAUCGAACGAAUGUACAAAUGUGGUUGGAAUGGAUGUGAGAAGGCAUACGGUACAUUGAAUCACCUCAAUGCACAUGUCACCAUGCAAUCACAUGGUGCAAAGAGAACUCCUGAAGAAUUCAAAGAAAUCCGAAAGGAAUGGAAGGCCCGUAAGAAGGAAGAAGAGAACCAACGCAAGGCUGCUGAGGAGAGAGAGCGUGCUGCCGCACAGGCUAAUCAAGUUGAUGGAAACCCCCCAACUGAUCCUUCACAAUCGGCACAGCCAGCUUCAUAUCCUGCUGGCGUUCGCCCACAGCUACCUCCCAUUGGAUAUCAACCAGCAGACGGUCAGGUUCCUGGCCAGUACGGUGCGUCUGCUGGGCAGGGACUUGUAUAUCCCCCAAGUAAUGGCCAGAUGACCGCGCAAUACCCUCCUGCCAACUAUCCCCAUUCUCCAUAUGGCCAAGGGAACCAGGUAUAUCAACCGCGUGAGUGA